AUGGAUGGGUUUAGAAGUUGUAAGGUUACGAUUGGAAAUGAAGCAAGAAUAAUCCCUGAAAGUGAAAGGCCUGUUCCUGAACUUACACAUGAAUGGAAGGUCUAUGUGCAUGCACCUGCUGAUGUAGUCAAGAAGGUUGAGUUCAGACUACAUGAAUCGUUUAGCAACCGAUUGGUGAGUGUGGAAUAUCCGUUUGAGAUGGUAGAAAGGGGAUGGGGCGAGUUCAGUAUUCAAAUAAAGAUUGUGCUGUGCAAUGGAGAAAAGAUACAUUGCAGUCAUUUUCUUCAGCUGCAUGGAGCCACAGAUGUGAUUGUGAAUGAACGAGUUGAUGAAAUUGUGUACAGAGGCGAACCCAAUGAGGUAUUUGUUGAAGAAGAUGAAGAAGCAGAGUACAAGAAGAUUGAGGAUGCAAUACUCAAGAUAUUAGAUAAAUUCAAGGAGAUUGGUGCAUAA